AUGGACAGUUCUUCUUUUUCUCCUUCGACCUCUCAUCCAAACCAUUAUCAUGGUUCAAGAGCGAUUAGAAAUACCAAAUCUUCUAUCUUCUUCUGUGACCAAAGUUCGUCAGAUGAGAAGCCUCGACGCUAUGUUCUUGACUCCUGUUUCCUCUGCAAAACCCCGAUUCAUCUCGGCGAUGAUAUCUACAUGUACAAAGGAGACAUCCCUUUUUGCAGUGAGGACUGCAGGCAAGAGCAGAUCGAAAUCGACGAAGCGGAAGAAAGGAAGAAGAAGUUGUCCAAGAAAUUGAGAUUGAAGGCCAAUAUCAGUGGUGGUAACAAAAAUACUUCAGAGUCUUAUGAGAUUCAUGUGAGGACUGCUGAGGUUGUUGUUGCCAGAUGA